AAGAAAAUGUUACAAGGAAAUCUUUCCAGAGUGACUGAAUUCAUUCUUGCUGGGUUAACAGAAAAAACAGAGUUCCAGCUGCCCCUCUUCGUCCUCUUUUUAGGAAUCUAUGUGGUCACAGUGGUGGGAAAUCUGGGUAUGAUCACCCUAAUACAAUUCAGUUCUCACUUGCACACACCCAUGUAUGUCCUCCUCAGCAGUCUGUCCCUCAUUGACCUCUGUCAUUCCACUGUCAUUACUCCCAAAAUGCUGGUGAACUUUGUGACACAGAAGAACAUCAUCUCUUACCCUGAAUGUAUGACUCAGCUCUUCUGUUUCCUUGUGUUUGGUAUUGCAGAGUGUCACAUGUUGGCUGCAAUGGCAUAUGACCGCUAUGUUGCCAUCUGUAACCCAUUGCUUUACAAUGCUAUGAUGUCCUAUCAAGUCUGUUUCUGGAUGACAUUUGCAGUGUAUGGUAUGGCUUUUAUUGGUGCCACAACUCACACAGUCUGCAUGCUAAGAGUGCAUUUCUGUAAGAUUGAUGUAAUAAACCAUUAUUUCUGUGAUCUUUUUCCACUCUUGGAACUCUCUUGUUCUGAUACUUUCAUUAAUGAAGUUGUAGUUCUGUGUUUCAGUGUUUUUAACAUCUUUGUUCCAACUCUGACUAUUCUAAGCUCUUACAUCUUUAUCAUUGCUAGCAUCCUUCAGAUUAAAUCCACUGAGGGCAGGUCUAAAGCUUUCAGCACCUGCAGCUCACACAUAGCAGCUGUUGCUGUCUUCUUUGGUUCCCUUGCAUUCAUGUAUCUGCAGCCAUCAUCAGUCAACUCUAUGGACCAAGGGAAAGUGUCUUCUGUAUUUUAUACAAUUGUUGUGCCUAUGAUGAACCCUUUGAUCUACAGUGUGAGGAAUAAAGAUGUCAGAGUUGCUAUAAAUAAGUUCCUUGAAAGAAAAUUCUUCUUAUGA